GCAGCGCUAACAACACCUGCAGAAACAAGUGCAACGGAAAAAACUUCAGUGACAACCUCUGGUAAAGCAACAACUGCAGCCACAACUGCUGAAUCUGAAACAAUCACCGAGACAACUAUAGAAACGUCAGCUCCCACAACAACAGCAGGUUUCACCACAUCUGCAGCAAAUAGUGAAACAGUAACGUCAAUUGCCACAACAGACUCUCCCACGGCAAUGACGACAGCUGCAGAAACAACAACCACUGACACAAAAGUGGCAGAAACAACAACAGUCGCAACGACAACAGCAGUGAUGACACCUGCCAAAACAACAUCUGCAACAACAGACUCGACCACAACAGAAGUCAUGACACCUGCAGAAAUAAUAACCGCUGCCAGAACAAUGGAAGAAACAACAGUUGCCACAACAACAGACUCUCCCACGGCUAUGACAACAGCUGCGGAAACAGCAGCCACAGACACAACUGCAGAGACAACAACCGUUGUGACAACAGCAGUCACAACACCUGCAGAAAUAGUAACUGUUGCCACAACGGCAAUCAUGACAGCUGCAGAACAAACAACCACCGCCACAACAACUGCAGAAACAACAACAGUUGCAACAACAGCAGUCUCAACAACUGCUUCCACAACAGUUGCAACAACAACAGAAGUAAUGACACCUGCCCAAACAACGGCAGCAACAUCGACAGUUGUCAAAACAACAGGAAUGAUGACACCUACCGAAACAACAGUUGCCACAACAACAGACUUUACCACAACAGCAUUCACAACAGCUGCAGAACAAAUGACCACCGCCACAACAACUGAAGGAACAACAGUUGCUACAACAGCAGACUUUACGACAACAGCAGUCACGACACCCGCUGAAACAACCACCGCCCCAAUAGUGGCAGAAACAACAACAGUCGCAAUGACAACAGCAGUCACGACACCUGUGGAAAUAAUAACCACUGCCACAACAAUGGCAGACACAACAACAGUCGCAACAGCAGUGACAACUCUUGCCGAAACAACAACAGUUGCCACAACAGACUCUACUACAACAGAAGUCACGACAUCCGCAGGUAUAAUAACUACUGCCACGAUGGAAGAAACAACAGUUGCCACAACAACAGACUUUACCACAACAGCAUUCACAACAGCUGCAGAACAAAUGACCACCGCCACAACAACUGAAGGAACAACAGUUGCUACAACAGCAGACUUUACGACAUCAGCAGUCACGACACCCGCUGAAACAACCACCGCCCCAAUAGUGGCAGAAACAACAACAGUCGCAAUGACAACAGCAGUCACGACACCUGUGGAGAUAAUAACCACUGCCACAACAAUGGCAGACACAACAAUUGCCACAACAACAGACUCUCCCACGGCACUGACAACAGUUAAGGAAACAACUACCACUGCCACAAUGGCGGCAGAAACAACAACAGUCGCAAUGACAACCGCAGUGAUGACUCCUGCCGAAACAACAACAGUUGCCACAACAGAAGUCACAACACCUGCAGAAAUAAUAACAGCUGCCACAACAAUUGCCACAACAACAGACUCUUCCACGGCAAUGACGACAGCUGCGGAAACAACAACCACGGACACAAAAGUGGCAGAAACAACAACAGUCGCAAUGACAACAGCAGUGACGACACCUGCCGAAACAACAGUUGCCACAACAGACUCUACCACAACAGAAGUCACGACACCUGCAGAAAUAAUAACGGCUGCCACAACAAUGGAAGAAACAACAGUAGCCACAACAACAGAGUCUCCCACAACGGCAAUCACGACAGCUGCAGAACAGACAACCACCGCCACAACUGCAGAAACAACAACAGUUGCAACAACAGCAGUCACAACAGCUGCAGAAAUAGUAACCGCUGCCACACCAACAGACUCUCCCACAACGCCAAUCACGACAGCUGAAGAACAAACAACCACACCCACAACAACUGCAGAAACAACAACAGUUGCAACAACAGCAGCAGUCACAACAACUGCUUCCACAACAAGGACAGGAAAAACAACUGUUGCAACAACAGAAGUAAUGACACCUCCCCCGACAACGGCAGCAACAUCAACAGUUGUCAAAACAACAGCAAUGACGACACCUACUGAAACAACAUUUCCCACAACAACAGACUCUCCCACAAUGGCAGUCACAACACCAACGGAAUCACCAACCCCUGCCACAACAAUGACAGAAACAACAACAGUCGCAACAGCAGUGAAAACUCCUGCCGAAACAACAUCAGUUGCCACAACAGACUCUACUACAACAGAAGUCACGACAUCCGCAGAUAUAAUAACUACUGCCACAAUGGAAGAAACAACAGUUGCAACAACAACAGACUUUACCACAACAGACUUUACAACAGCUGCAGAACAAAUGACCACCGCCACAACAACUGAAGAAACCACAGUUGCUACAACAGCAGACUUUACUACAACAGCAGUCACGACACCCGCUGAAGCAACAACCACCACCCCAAUAGUGGCAGAAACAACAACAGUCUCAAUGACAACAGCAGUCACAACACCUGUGGAAAUAAUCACCACUGCCACAACAAUGGCAGACACAACAAUUGCCACAACAACAGACUCACCCACAAUGGCAGUCACAACACCUACGGAAUUAACAACCCCUGCCACAACAAUGACAGAAACAACAACAGUCGCAACAGCAGAGACAACUCUUGCCGAAACAACAACAGUUGCCACAACAGACUCUGCCACAACAGAAGUCACAUCACCUGCAGAUAUAAUAACUACUGCCACAAUAGAAGAAACCACAGUUGCCACAACAACAGACUUUACCACAACAGCAUUCACGACAGCUGCAGAACAAAUAACCACCGCCACAACAACUGAAGGAACAACAGUUGCUAAAACAGCAGACUUUACUACAACAGCAGUCACGACACCCGCGGAAACAACAACCACCGCCCCAAUAGUGGCAGAAACAACAACAGUCGCAAUGACAACAGCAGUCACAACACCUGUGGAAAUAAUAACCACUGCCACAACAAUGGCAGACACAACAGUUGCCACAACAACAAACUCUCCCACGCCAAUGACAACAGCUGGGGAACCUACAACCACUGCCACAAUAGUGGCAGAAACAACAACAGUCGCAAUGACAAUAGCAGUGACAUCUCCUGCCCAAACAACAUUUGCCACAACAGACUCUACCACAACAGAUAUCACAACACCUACAGAAAUAAUAACUGCUGUCACAACAAUUGAAGAAACAACAACAGAUGCCACAACAACUGACUUUACCACUAUGGCAAUUGCAACAGCUCCAGAACAAACAAUCACCGCCACAACAAUGGCAGAAACAACAGUUGCCACAACAACAAACUCUCCCACGCCAAUGACAACAGCUGGGGAACCUACAACCACUGCCACAAUAGUGGCAGAAACAACAACAGUCGCAAUGACAAUAGCAGUGACAUCUCCUGCCCAAACAACAUUUGCCACAACAGACUCUACCACAACAGAUAUCACAACACCUACAGAAAUAAUAACUGCUGUCACAACAAUUGAAGAAACAACAACAGAUGCCACAACAACUGACUUUACCACUAUGGCAAUUGCAACAGCUCCAGAACAAACAAUCACCGCCACAACAAUGGCAGAAACAACAACAAUUACAACAGCAAUCACAUCACCUGCAGAAAUAAUAACUGCUGCCACAACAAUGGAAGAAACAACAGUUGCUAAAACAACAGACUCUCCCACAACAGCAAUCACAACAGCUGCAGAACAAACAACCACCUCCACAACAACUGCAGAAACAACAACUGCUGAAUCUGAGACAACCACGGAGACAACUGUAGAAACAUCAGCUCCCACAACAACCGUAGCUUUGAUGUCAUCUGCAGCAACAAGUGAAACAUUAACAUCAGCUGGGACAGCAACAGGGGCCACAAAUGCUGAAACAACAGCUCUAGCAACAACGGCAAAACCUGAAACAACCGUUGAGACAACUGUUGAAACAUCAGCUCCAAUAUCUGCCGCAGGGUUGACAUCCACAGCAUCUCGUGAAACCGCAACAUCAACUCCAGCAGCAACUGAGGCAACAAUCGUUGACACAACAGCUCUAACCACAAUCGCAGAAACUGGGACAACAGUUCAGACAACUACGGAAACAGCUACCACAACAUCGGCAGUAGUAGCUACAUCUGCAGCAACAAUUGUUACAGCAAAAACUGCAGCGACAACCCCUGGUGAAACAACAACUGUAGCCACAACUGCUGAAUCUGAAACAACCACUGAGACAACUGUAGAAACAUCAGCUCCCACAACAACAGAAGCUUUGACGUCAUCUGCAGCAACAAGGGAAACAUUAACAUCAGCUGGGGCAGCAACAGGGGCCACAAAUGCUGAAACAACAGCUCUACCAACAACGGCAAAAUCUGAAACAACCGUUGAGACAACUGUUGAAACAUCAGCUCCAAUAUCUGUCGCAGGGUUGACAUCCACAGCAUCUCGUGAAACCGCAACAUCAACUCCAACUGUUGAAACAUCAACUCCGACAUCAUCAGCAGUAGUUGCAACCUCUGCAGCAACAAGUACAAUGGCAACCACUGCUCAGGUAACAUCUGCAGUGACAACCGCUACUGAAACAACAGUUCAAGCGACAGCCACAGAAUCUGAAACAACAGUUCAGGCAAUGCUGGCAACAACACCGUUGACAUCUGCAAUGAGUGGAACAGCCACGCCUGCAGCAACAGGGGCCGCAACUGCAGCAACAACUUCAGUAACCACAACUCCAGAAUCUGAAUCAACAGCUGGGACAACUGUAGAUACGACUAAGGCGUCGAAUGCAGCAACAGCAUCUGAUGAAACAACUGUGACCACAACAGAAUUGACGUCAACUGCCGAAGCAACUGGAGCAGUAUCACGCUCCACAAUUACAGCAGUAUCAGCAACAUCCGAGACAGCGCCACCUGCUCAAACAACAACUGCUGUUGGAGCCAUUACAUCAGAAUCAGCAACACCCGUUGAAACAACUGCGCAAGCAUCACUGGCAACAACAACAGUGCCCGCAUCAUCGGAUGAGACAACUGCGAGGUUUUCUCAAACUACAAUUGACCAGUCAAUUCUACAAACAUCGACGACAGAAAAAACAGCAGAAUCUGGAUCAACAAGUAACACAGCAACACCGACUCUUUCAACGGAGGCUGCAACAUCAACAGCACAACCAUUAACUGCAACAACGGCAAUGGCUGCAGUGACAUCUACUGAAACAAGCACAACCGGGAAACUGAUUUCAACAACAAUAGCAGAAACAUCGACAGCAGGGUUUGCAUCUGUCACAACAUCUACUGCAACGACAACACCUGGCCUGACAACAACAAAGACCGUCACUGCGGCAAAAACACCUUCUGAAUCAACUACACAAUCGGUCCAAACUACAGCAACACUGAGCAACUCAACAACAGGCUCACCGAAAGUAACAACAACACCAACUGCACCAGUGACAGGAACGCCAGCAGAUGUGUCAACAGCAGCAACAGUAAAUGCAGUGACAAAUGCAACAACUCUCACCCAGACAAAAUCCAUCACAACAACCGCAACAACAGGAACUGCAGUGGCAAAUGCUACGACAGACAAAGCCGUGACCAAUUCUGUGACAAAUGCCACGACAAGAAACGCCGCGACAAACGCAGCAACGGGAAUUGUCGCAACCACCGUUCCAAGACCAACACAAGCGGCAACUACAACGACGGAAACGGCCGUUACUCUCCAAACCAGACGUGUUUCUUUCCGAUCUCUCCAAAGCACAUUUACGAACGACCUGCUGGAUCAUUCGUCUUUCCAGUUUGUGUUUCGAUCGACCAUGAUAAAAAGUCAGCUUCAACCUUUAUUCCAGAGGGAAUUUCCUAACACUUUCAGGAUCCUGAACAUCUUUGGAUUCAGACCUGGCUCAGUCAUCAACGACAUGAACCUCCGGUUCACCAACCCGGUGCCAAACCACACGGCAAUUGCCGCAGUCCUCAUUGACGCUGCAUCGGUCGUCAGCGGCUUUGACAUCGAGCAAGGCUCCAUCACCGUUGAGGGAAUCGUUACAAGCGGAGGAAGUCACAUGAUCAGCCCGGUCAGCGCAUCCUGCCUGGCGCUUCUUUCGUGCAUCCUUUUCACUCAGCAAUAAGCCUCCUCACUUAUUGAGUGACAUCAGGAGAGUUAUUCAUUUGAUUUCAUUUAUUUUUAUAUGCAAAAAUUUCAUCCUGACUGAAUAAUGUAUUUUUUUUUCUGGGGUGAAGGGUUUGGGGGUCAGCACCUAACGCCGGUGUCACUUAAUGGCAAGUGUGCCAUUUUGGUUUAAAGCGGCUAUUUUAGGCUUAGUUUGACU